AUGGCCAACACUAAACAAAAACCAGUUUCAAUCUUAUCACUUGCUACAUUUUGCUUCUUAUCGUUAUACUUCGUGAAGAAACAAGCCUUUUCAAAAGUUUCAUCUCCAUCUUCUUUAGGUCUAAACCAAGAGAACCUAACCCAUCUUCAUUUCUACUUCCACGACAUGUAUGGUCGCAACCCAACCUCAGUGGAAGUAGCAGAAGCCGCACAAACAAACAUAUCUAAGACAUACUUUGGUUCUGUUUUCGUUAUGGAUUGUCCUCUAACGACACAUCCCAAUAUAAGCUCAAAGAGAAUAGGGUAUGCGCAGGGUAUGACCGCAUACGAAUUAGGAUUGUUGAUGAUUCUCCAUUUUGUGUUUACGGAAGGAGAAUAUAACGGAAGCACGAUUAGCAUUCUUGGACGUAACCUUGUAUUUGAGAAUGUUAGGGAGAUGCCUAUUGUUGGAGGCAGUGGCGUGUUUCGAUUCGCUAGAGGAUAUGCUGAGGGAAAGACUUUUCAAUUAGAUGUUAAGACUGGAAAUGCAACUCUUGAGUAUAAUGUAUUUGUUUUGCAUCCUUGA